AGAAAAUGCCAAUCAAUAAAGUUCGCUUGCACUUGUUUUGUUUUCUUCGGCUUCGGUUGAAAAGGGGGUCCGGCACGUGCAAAAUGACAGGGGUCGCGUCGCGAGAAUCGCGUCUUCCAUUUUGCUACAACCUUCGCAGCACAUGCCUCUUGAGGAGAGAAGAAGCCGACACCAAACAUGGCGUUACCAGAAGGAGAAGGCAAUCUGCUGCGCAGUCCCUCGAACCACCCCCAUGUACCCCUCACCCGACAACCUUCCCUCUACAAACCUCUCACGACUUACGCCCUCGAGAAAGAAAAGCACUACCAGCAGCAAUAUGGCGACAUGUACUUCUUGCGGCUCACAAAGCUGAAGCCAUCAGUAGAGGCCAACGCCGAGGAGGCAUGGCGCGAUUUCAAUAUUGCAGGCGAGGAUGUCGAGAAGGUGGAGAGCGUGCUGGAUGUUAGGCAGGGGAAGCUGUGUUGGGUCGCUGGGACUAUCUAUAUGGAGAUGCCGCUGAAACCGAAUAUUCUGGAUGAUAUCAGCAAAGAUCAUUGGAUCUCAGCGCCACCACCAAGACAGAAAUACCUUUCACCUACAGGAGAAGAUCUCAUCAUGUUGGAAGACGAAUCGGGAAGAUUACGAUUAGUGGGCGCGCCAUUAUCAAAUGAAAUGCUAGUCACAGGCUGCAUUGUCGCUGUUAUGGGGACCGAAAACGCGAAUGGAGAUUUCGAAGUUAUAGAUAUCAAAGUGCCAGAUCUACCACCGCAGGCAGAAAGAUGGCAUACUGCAGAUCCGGCAUCGAGAAGGAAACCUGUGGAUGAGGACACAGAAAUGGACGUCGACAAGCCAGCCAGCAAGAAAAUUGCCAUUGUUUCUGGCCUAGGAUUCUCGGGCACAGAUGCAGACCACUCUCUUGAGAUCAACCUCCUUGCCGAAUACCUUCUCGGCGAAGCUCUAGAUCCAGCAGCACAGGAAAGCGUCUCGCAGAUCAGCAGGUUGAUAAUAGCAGGGAACUCGAUAGCGUUAGAUAAUGAUGCUGUAUCGCAUGACACGAUUGGCAAUACGAGGAAGACGCAGAAGAAGUACGGGUAUGACAGCAGCGCAUAUAACCCCACGCCUACGAAGCACUUCGACGACUUUCUUGCCACCCUUUUACCGAGCAUGCCUAUCACGCUUAUACCAGGGUAUUCGGAUCCAGCGAAUGUCAGUUUACCACAACAGCCUAUCCAUCCCGCCAUGUUCCCUCAAGCAAGGACGUAUGGGGUUAUACCACCUAGAGCAGGAGAGGUAGCAGAGCCGGGCUGGUUUGAUACGGUAACUAAUCCAUGGGAUGGUGAGAUCGAAGGCUGGAAAGUCCUAGGUACAGGUGGGCAGAAUGUAGAUGAUGUGUUUAAGUAUGUGGAGAGCGAGGAUAGGUUGGGCAUGUUGGAGGCGAUGUGUAGGUGGCGGUGCGUUGCGCCCACUGCACCGGAUACAUUAUGGAGCUACCCCUACCAAGACGAUGACCCAUUUGUUAUAAACUCCUGUCCACACCUCUUCUUCGUCGGCUCGCAGCCAAAAUUCGACACUGCCGAGAUUGAAGGCCCGGAUGGUCAGACAGUCAGGUUGAUUGCUGUGCCGAAGUUUGCAGAGACAGGGGAAUUGGUCAUAGUGGAUACUGAAACGUUGGAGACGGAGCUUGUGAAGAUUACUGUUGGUGUUGGUGAGAAGGAGGAGUGAGGGGAGAAGAAAAGAGAUGGUGCGAUAAAUAAGGCGCUGGGGAAUUCACUAUCAUGAGAAAUGAAUGAAUGGAAAUCAUACCC